AUGGCAGAGGCUUCGGAGAGUCUCCUGCCCCAGCCCGUAGUGAGGAGGAAGAAAAGCAUAUCUAUUGAGGAAAAAAUUGAUAUCAUAAGUGCUGUGGAGAGUGGCAAGAAAAAGGCAGAUGUUGCAGCUAAAUAUGGCAUAAAGAAGAAUUCCUUGUCUUCAAUUAUGAAGAAUAAAGAUAAAGUUUUGGAAGCCUUUGAAUCUUUGCGCUUUGAUCCCCGAAGGAAAAGACUAAGGACCGCGUUUUAUACCGACCUGGAGGAGGCAUUGGUAAAGUGGUACAGAAUUGCUCAGUGCUUGAAUGUGCCAGUAAACGGUCCGAUGUUGCGCCUCAAGGCUAAUGAUUUUGCGCAGAAGCUUGGACAUAGCGAUUUUAAAUGCAGUAAUGGCUGGCUCGAUCGUUUCAAGUCAAGGUAUGGUUUAGUUUUCAGAGCUCAGCCUAUAGAAGCAGCUGCUACUACUACAGUGGAUGCUCCAACUCCUUGGUACCAAAAUGUUCUUCCUUAUUUAAAUGAUUAUCAGCCAAAAAACAUGUUUUAUAUACAGGAGACUGGAUUGUUGUAUCAGAUGUUGCCACAUAAUACAUUUGCAUUUAAAGGGGAAACAUGUUCUGUAGGUAAACGAAGCGAAGAGAGAAUAACUGUAGCGGUGGGUGCAAAUAUGGAUGGCUCUGAGAAACUCCCUUUGCUUGUUAUAGGAAAAACCAAGAAUCCACACUGUUUCAAAGAUGUGAAGUCACUACCUGUGGAUUACGAAGCAAGCGAUGCAGCGUGGAUGACUUCGUCAGUGUUUGAACAGUGGAUGCAUAAACUUGAUGACAGAUUUCAAGCGCAGCAGCGACAAGUAGUUAUUCUCAUUGAUUCUCUCCCAGCUCACACUGAAGUAAAGAACCUGAAGUCUGUCAAGUUAGUGUUCUCUCCUCCAGACUCAUCAUGCAUACCUACAAAACACGGGGCUAUCAGAAGUCUGAAGGUUAAAUACAGGUGCUGCCUUAUCCAGAGGUUUGUGGACUGCAUAGAAGGUAAUAAAGAGUUUAUGCUGACUCUUCUUGAUGCAAUUGAGAUGUUGCACCUGUGCUGGAGGAAAGUAACACCAGAGACUAUAGUGAAAAGUUCUAACGAAGCAGGGUCCAAAUUAGAAACCAAGGCAGAUGGUGACGACGCAGAGGUUGAAAGUGAUUUUGAUUUGAUUGCACAUGCACAGGCAGCUGGAGUGGAGUUUCCAGGAGGUUUAUCUUUGGAGGAAUAUGCAGCUCUAGAUGAUGGCUUGGGAGCAUGCGAAAUGCCCACAAAUAAUGAAAGUAUGUGUGCCAAAGAAAACGCAUCAGAUAAAGCUGGGACAUCUGUUGGCGAUGAAGAUGAGGAUGAAGGUGAUCAAUCACAGAGAGCUGAACAGCCUUUGCCAUCAAAAAAUGAGGCUUUGAGUGCUUUAGAUACCCUUCGAAAGUUUCUCAGAAGUCAAGACGCGAAUUACUCUCUUCACGAUUCCCUAGCUGACCUGGAGAAUUUCAUUCGUCAUGUAGCACGUAAAUAA